AUGGAGUGCAACGGAAGACCGGCCGGCAGUCCCGAGACACCGCCACGUUCUGCGGCCGAGGCUUUUGUGGAGGCCACGGGCCAGGCCCUGGCCUGGACGCUCACCAACGGGGGCACGGACACUUUGGGCUCGACGGGCAGUGGCGGGCAGAGGAAGCGUCUCCAGCACAACAAACACAAGACCCAGGGCACCAACGUGGUCCACCGCUCGCCCCGAGCGCUCUUCUGCCUCAAGUUGAACAACCCCAUUCGCCGGGCCGCCAUCAGCAUCGUGGAAUGGAAACCCUUUGACAUCCUGAUCCUCAUGACCAUCUUUGCCAACUGCGUGGCCUUAGGGGUCUAUAUCCCUUUUCCGGAGGACGACUCCAACGUCGCCAACCACAACUUGGAGCAAGUGGAGUACGUCUUUCUCAUCAUAUUCACGGUGGAGACUUUCCUCAAGAUCCUCGCCUACGGUCUGGUCAUGCAUCCCAGUGCCUACAUCCGCAACGGCUGGAACCUUCUUGACUUUGUCAUCGUUGUUGUGGGGCUGUUCAGUGUGAUUUUGGAGCAAGUUUCCCACAAGCCCGGGGAGGCCCAUCAUAUGAGUGGAAAGCCUGGUGGAUUUGAUGUCAAGGCUCUAAGGGCGUUCCGUGUUCUGCGACCCCUGCGCCUCGUAUCCGGUGUCCCCAGCCUGCACAUUGUCUUGAACUCCAUCAUGAAGGCCAUGGUGCCCCUCUUGCACAUCGCACUGCUGGUCCUCUUCGUCAUCAUCAUCUACGCCAUCAUCGGCCUGGAGCUGUUCAUCGGGCGCAUGCACAAGACCUGCUUCAUCAUUGGCUCAGAACUGGAAGCCGAGGAAGACCCUUCCCCCUGUGCCUUUUCCGGGCACGGCCGGGAAUGCACGGUGAACAACAGUGAGUGCCGUGGCAAGUGGGAAGGACCCAACGGGGGCAUCACCAACUUCGACAACUUCUUCUUCGCCAUGCUGACUGUCUUCCAGUGCAUCACCAUGGAAGGCUGGACCGAUGUGCUCUAUUGGAUGCAGGACGCAAUGGGUCACGAGCUGCCGUGGAUUUACUUCGUCAGCCUCGUCAUCUUUGGCUCCUUCUUUGUGCUCAACCUGGUUUUGGGUGUGCUGAGCGGAGAAUUCUCCAAGGAGCGAGAGAAGGCCAAAGCCCGGGGCGACUUCCAAAAGCUACGGGAGAAGCAGCAGAUGGAGGAAGACCUGAAGGGCUACCUGGAUUGGAUCAUGCAGGCCGAAGACAUCGAGCCCGACGAGGAAGGCGACGAGACGGACGACAAGCACACCCGCAUGUCUGUGGCAGACCUGACGGGGAAGAAGAGAGGCAAGAAAUGGUUCAAACACAACCACCACUCCACCGACACUCACACCAGUCUUGCUGCCAGCGAAACCACGUCAGUGAAUACGGAGAACGUUGGGGACGAAGACCAUCAUCCGAACCGCUGCUGCGACGUUUGCUUGUGAGUUUGCCAGACCAAAGCGACGAGGCGCUGGCGACGCCUGAACCGCCUUUUCCGGAAGAAAUGCCGCCUGGCUGUCAAAUCCGUCUCGUUCUAUUGGAUGGUUCUGCUGUUGGUCUUCCUCAACACCCUCACCAUCGCCUCUGAGCAUUACAACCAGCCUGACUGGCUCACGGAGAUCCAAGAUUACGCCAACAAGGUGCUUCUGUCGCUGUUCACCCUGGAGAUGCUGCUGAAGAUGUACAGCCUGGGCCUGCAGGCCUACUUCGUCAGCUUCUUCAACCGCUUCGACUGCUUCGUGGUGUGUGGCGGGAUCCUGGAGACCGUCUUGGUCGAGUUCGAAAUCAUGCAGCCCCUCGGGAUCUCCGUGCUCCGCUGCGUCCGCCUCCUGCGGAUCUUCAAGGUUACCAGGCACUGGGCCUCGCUGAGCAACCUGGUGGCCUCCUUGCUGAACUCCAUGAAGUCCAUCGCCUCUCUCCUUCUCUUGCUCUUCCUCUUCAUCAUCAUCUUCUCCUUGCUGGGCAUGCAGCUCUUUGGGGGCAAGUUCAACUUCGACGAGACCCAGACCAAGCGCAGCACUUUCGACACUUUCCCCCAGGCCCUGCUCACCGUCUUCCAGAUCCUAACCGGGGAAGACUGGAAUGCGGUGAUGUACGAUGGCAUCAUGGCCUACGGCGGCCCUUAUUUCCCCGGCAUGCUGGUCUGCAUCUACUUCAUCAUCCUCUUCAUUUGCGGAAACUAUAUCCUCCUCAAUGUCUUCUUGGCCAUCGCUGUGGACAACCUUGCAGACGGGGACAAUAUAAAUACCUCAAAAAAGAAGAAGUGGACUGUGGUGACGAAGAGGAAGAGGAAGGCAGUGCAGAAGAAGAUUCUGGGCUACUUUGACUAUGCCUUCACUGCGAUCUUCACUGUUGAGAUCCUGCUCAAGAUGACAGCUUAUGGCGCCUUCCUACACAAGGGCUCAUUCUGCCGGAACUGGUUCAAUCUUCUGGAUCUGCUUGUCGUCAGCGUCUCACUCAUCUCUUUCGGCAUCCACUCCAGUGCCAUUUCCGUAGUGAAGAUCUUGCGAGUGCUACGAGUGCUCCGUCCCCUCCGAGCUAUCAACCGGGCAAAGGGGCUCAAGCACGUGGUGCAGUGCGUGUUUGUAGCCAUCCGCACCAUUGGUAACAUCAUGAUAGUCACCACCCUCUUGCAGUUCAUGUUUGCAUGCAUCGGAGUUCAGCUGUUCAAGGGCAAAUUCUACAGCUGCACAGACGAGGCCAAGCAUACACCGGAGGAGUGCAAGGGCACAUUCAUUGUGUACAAGGACGGAGAUGUGACUCACCCAAUGGUCCGGGAGCGCCUCUGGCUGAACAGCGAAUUCAACUUCGACAACGUCCCCGCGGGCAUGAUGGCCCUCUUCACUGUCUCUACUUUUGAGGGUUGGCCAGCGCUGCUGUACAGAGCCAUUGACGCCAACGAUGAGAACAAAGGACCCAUCUACAACUACCGGGUGGAGAUCUCCAUCUUCUUCAUCGUCUACAUCAUCAUCAUCGCCUUCUUCAUGAUGAACAUCUUCGUGGGCUUCGUCAUCAUCACUUUCCGAGCCCAAGGGGAACAAGAAUACAAGAACUGUGAGCUCGAUAAGAACCAGCGACAGUGCGUGGAGUACUCCCUGAAGGCCCAGCCGUUGCGGCGCUACAUCCCCAAGAACAAAUACCAGUACAAGGUCUGGUACAUGGUCAACUCCACGGGCUUUGAGUACAUCAUGUUCGUGCUUAUCCUGCUCAACACCAUUGCACUGGCCGUACAGCACCACGAACAGUCAAUGCCCUUCAACUAUGUCAUGGACCUGCUCAACAUGGUCUUCACGGGCCUCUUCACCGUCGAGAUGGUGCUGAAGAUCAUCGCCUUCAAGCCCAAGCACUACUUUGCCGACGCCUGGAACACUUUUGAUGCUCUGAUCGUGGUGGGGAGCGUCCACGUCGUGGACAUCGCCGUCACGGAGGUCAAUAACGGAGGCCAUGUUGGAGAGAGUUCGGAGGACAGCUCCCGCAUCUCCAUCACCUUCUUCCGCCUCUUCCGCGUGAUGCGCCUGGUCAAGCUGCUCAGCAAAGGGGAGGGCAUCCGCACCCUGCUCUGGACCUUCAUCAAAUCCUUCCAGGCGUUGCCGUACGUUGCCCUGCUGAUCGCCAUGAUCUUCUUCAUCUACGCCGUCAUCGGCAUGCAGACCUUCGGGAAAGUGGCGUUGCAGGACAACACGCCGAUCAACCGCAACAACAACUUCCAGACCUUUCCGCAGGCCGUGCUGCUGCUGUUCAGGUGUGCCACUGGGGAAGCCUGGCAGGAGAUCAUGCUGGCCAGCUUGCCCGGCAAGCGCUGUGAUCCGGAGUCCGACUACGAGCCCGGGGAGGAGUUCACCUGCGGCAGCAACUUCGCCAUUGUCUAUUUCAUCAGCUUCUUCAUGCUCUGUGCCUUCCUGAUCAUUAACCUUUUUGUUGCUGUCAUCAUGGACAAUUUUGACUACCUAACUCGAGACUGGUCCAUUCUGGGUCCCCACCAUCUCGAUGAGUUCAAGCGGAUCUGGUCAGAGUAUGACCCAGCUGCCAAGGGUCGUAUCAAGCACCUCGAUGUGGUGGCCCUGCUGCGCCGGAUACAGCCACCCUUGGGUUUCGGGAAGCUCUGCCCCCACCGUGUGGCCUGCAAGAGACUGGUGGCGAUGAACAUGCCCCUGAACUCCGACGGGACCGUCACCUUCAACGCUACCCUCUUUGCCUUGGUGCGGACGUCCCUCAAGAUCAAGACGGAAGGAGAACUGGAGGUGGCCAAUAAGGAGCUCCGUACGGUCAUCAAAAAGAUCUGGAAGCGGACCAAGCCCAAGCUGCUGAACGAGGUGAUACCCCCACCAGAAGAGGAGGAGGUCACCGUCGGCAAGUUCUACGCCACGUUCCUGAUCCAGGAUUACUUCCGGAAGUUCCGGAAGCGGAAGGAGAGGGGGCUGCUGGGGCCAGAUGGGCCCCCAAGCAACUCUUCUGCUCUGCAGGCUGGGCUGAAAACUUUACAAGACCUGGGGCCUGAAAUCCGCCGGGCGAUAUCCUGUGACCUGGAAGGGGAAGAAGAAGAGGAAGCAGAGGAGACGGUGUGCGAAGAGGAGACCGUGACCUACAAGAGCUCUGAAGCACUGUACAGCAGCGCUCCCGAGCGUGACCACCAGGCCUCAGCGACCGCAACGUCGCCAGACCAGGAGAACAAGACUCUGGCCAACGGCCUCGUGGGCUCUCGCAACCCCUCCAGCGCCAGCCUUUCCCACGUCACCAACGGGCCGACCCCAUAUGAGGAAAACGCCAGCGGCAACGACGAACCCGCCGAGCUGCCCACCCUCCCCACCCGGCGCCGGAUGAGCAGACGUAGCUCCGAUGGCAGCGGCAACCCCCCGACAGCGCAAGAAGAAGCCACGCAUUCGGAGGAUUAUGGGGAGGACACCUCAGCCGAGCAAGGAUACUAUAGUCGGGAGGAGGACUCUGAGAGCCUGGCCUCCCAUGACAGGCAGCCCAGCCUGAACAACCCUCGGCCCCACAACCGUCGCUGGGACAACGGCUAUGGCGGAUCGUUGCCCCUCCCCUCCCGGCAUGCUAACAGCAGACUCGCCAAUGGACUUCCGGAGAGCAGGCAAACCAAGCGCAGGCGCCUCCUGCCCGCCACCCCUACAGGCCGCAAGCCGACCUUCAGCAUCCAGUGUCUGCAGCGCCAGGGCAGCUGUGAUGACAUCCCCAUCCCAGGCACCUAUCACCAGAACGCGCCCCCCUGCAGAGCACGCCCGCAGUCGUGGGCAACGCCCCCCAAGCGGAGCCGGCUGUUCUACGCCCCGCUGAUCCUGGUGGAGGAGGACAGCUCGGCCCGCUGGUACAUGGAAGACCAGGAGCUGCCCUACCGCACCUACGGCCAACUCCACGUGCCCGGCCCGCUCAAGCACGGCUACAACGACAAGCGGGGCAGUGCUGACAGCCUGGUGGAAGCGGUGCUCAUCUCCGAAGGCUUGGGCCUCUACGCCCGGGACCCAAAGUUCGUGGCCUUCGCCAAGCGGGAGAUCGCCGAUGCUUGCCACAUGACCAUCGACGAGAUGGAGAGCGCCGCCACGGACCUCCUAAGCCGCAACCUCGGCCCCGUUUACAGCGAUGAGGAGCCCUACCGCUCCCGCGAGGAAGAGGACUUGGGUGAUGAGAUGGCCUGCGUCACCUCUUUUUGA